CACAGAAACACAUACUGCAAUUGCGCGCGCAUCGAUCGUUUGAUCUUUCCACCUACGACCAUUUGAUUUUGCCUUACACAUCCAUGGCCGGCGUGGAGGAGGAGACGAUGAGGGCGGUCGAGGAGGAGGUGGACGAGACCAUGAACGAGCCGGACGACGGCGAGCCCAUGGAUGACCUCGACGGCGAUGACGAGGAGGAGGCCGACUCCCCGGCGGCAAUGAAGGUCGGCGAGGAGAAGGAGAUCGGGACGCAGGGGCUGAAGAAGAAGCUCCUCAAGGAGGGCGAGGGCUGGGAACGACCCGAGACCGGCGACGAGGUCGAAGUGCAUUACACGGGCACCCUCCUCGACGGCACGAAAUUCGAUUCGAGCCGCGACCGCGGGACCCCGUUCAAGUUCAAGCUCGGCCAGGGGCAGGUCAUCAAGGGAUGGGACCAGGGCAUCAAGACCAUGAAGAAGGGCGAGAACGCCCUCCUCACCAUCCCGCCCGACCUCGCCUACGGCCAGGCCGGCUCCCCGCCCAAGAUCCCGCCCAACGCCACGCUCCAGUUCGACGUCGAGCUCCUGUCGUGGGCCAGCGUCAAGGACAUCUGCAAGGACGGCGGCAUCUUCAAGAAGGUCCUGGCCGAGGGCCAGAAGUGGGAGAACCCCAAGGAUCUCGACGAAGUUCUCGUCAAGUACGAGGCGAGACUUGAGGAUGGAACCGUCGUGUCCAAGUCCGAUGGUGUUGAAUUCGCUGUCAAAGAUGGUUACUUCUGCCCGGCACUUUCCAAGGCUGUGAAGACCAUGAAGAAGGGAGAGAAAGUCUUCCUCACUGUUAAGCCACAAUAUGGCUUUGGCGAGCAAGGAAGGCCAGCUUCUGAAGUCGAUGGUGCCGUGCCCCCAAAUGCUACCCUGCACAUAGAUCUUGAGCUGGUGUCUUGGAAGACGGUGACGCUGAUUGGCGACAACAAGAGGAUCUUGAAGAAGGUGCUCAAGGAAGGCGAAGGCUACGAGCGUCCCAACGAUGGGGCAGUUGUCAGAGUGAGGCUGGUCGGCAAGUUGGAGGAUGGCACUGUGUUCACCAAGAAGGGACAUGAAGAUGGUGAACCAUUUGAGUUCAAGACGGAUGAGGAGCAGGUCAUUGAUGGCCUUGACAAAACAGUGAUUACCAUGAAGAAAGGAGAGGUCGCAUUGGUGAAAAUACCACCUGAACUUGCGUUUGGAUCCACUGAAACGAAGGGUGAGCUCACUCUGCUUCCUCCCAAUUCAACCGUCUUCUAUGAAGUGGAGCUGGUCUCAUUUGAGAAGGAGAAAGAAUCUUGGGAUUUGAAGAGCAACUCUGAGAAGCUUGAAGCAGCUGCGAAGAAGAAAGAGGAAGGGAAUGUAUGGUUUAAAAUGGGCAAGUAUACCAAGGCCUCCAAGAGAUAUGAGAAGGCUGUGAAGUACAUUGAGUAUGAUAGCUCCUACAGCGAGGAUGAGAAGAAGCAAUCUAAAGCACUCAAGAUCAACAUCAACCUGAACGAUGCCGCGUGCAAGCUCAAACUGAAAGACUACAAAGAAGCAGUGAAACUAUGCACAAAGGUUUUGGAACUAGAGAGCACAAACAUAAAGGCCUUGUACAGAAGGGCGCAGGCGUACACCGCACUCGUUGAUCUUGAACUGGCAGAGUUGGAUGUCAAGAAGGCACUGGAAAUCGACCCAGACAACAGGGAGGUGAAGGUUGCGUACAAGGCCUUGAAGGAUCGGGUGAGGGAGUACAAUAAGAGGGACGCAAAGUUCUACGGCAACAUGUUCGCGAAAUGGAGGAAGGUGGAAGAUGCAGAUAAGCUUCCCGCGAAGCAGGAUGCACAGCCGAUGGCAAUUGACAGCACCGCUUGAGAGAUCUCCCACCGUGAAGAGGCUACCUGGCAUCAUUGAUUUGUAGCCUGUAUGAGCGAUAUGGUAUUACUCCUAGUACAGCAUUGUGUUCUGUCCUUCGUAUUUGUUGCCAUAGCUUUUGGUAUGCAAGCUUCAGAUGUUAGGUCGUUUGCUGCUGUCAUUUAACGUUUCACCUAUACAGCUUGUUUGCCAACCAAAAGG